AGCGAGAAGCGCGAGCCCGCGAGGCGGAGGCAGGCCCAGGUGGUUGCCUAGGAGACGGGUUAGGUCUCGGUGGCGGCGGCUGCUACUCCUCCGCCUCACUUGAAGCCCGUCAGCGUGCGUGGGGAGUCCGGUGGGUGAACGCCAGCGCCGCAUUACGGGCAGGCAAAAAUGGCACAGGUCAAGCAAGUGGGCCUAUUAGCUGCUGGGUGUCAGCCAUGGAACAAAGAUGUAUGUGCUGCUAGUGGGGACAGGUUUGCCUACUGUGCAACUCUUGCCAUUUAUGUAUAUCAGCUGGAUCAUCGGUACAAUGAGUUUAAAUUACGGGCAAUUAUGUCUGAGCAUAAGAAGACCAUCACAGGCAUUUCUUGGUGCCCCCAUAACCAUGACCUGUUUGCAAGUGCUAGUGCAGAUAGCCUGGUAAUCAUUUGGAAUGUGACUGAACAAAAAGUUGUUGCAAAACUUGACAGUACAAAAGGGAUUCCUGCUUCCCUUAGUUGGUGCUGGAAUGCAAGUGAUUCAGUAGCAUUUGUCUCCCACAGAGGCCCUUUGUAUAUCUGGACAAUUUCAGGACCAGAUGGUGGUGUAACCGUACAUAAAGAUGCCCAUAGUUUUUUGUCAGACAUUUGUCUGUUUAGGUGGCAUCCAAAGAAGAAGGGUAAAGUAGUGUUUGGACACACUGAUGGAAGUCUUUCUAUUUUUCAGCCAGGUUGUAAGAAUCAGAAACAUGUUCUGAGGCCAGAAUCUCUUGAAGGGACAGAUGAGGAAGAUCCAGUUACUGCCCUGGAGUGGGACCCUCUGUCAACAGAUUACCUUCUUGUUGCUAAUUUGCAUAAUGGGAUCCGGCUAGUUGAUUCUGAGUCUCUCUCCUGCAUCACAGUCUUUAAUUUUCCCAGUGCAGCAGCAUCAGUGCAGUGCUUAGCUUGGGUUCCCAGUGCUCCUGGAAUGUUCAUCACCGGAGAUUCUCAAGUUGGUGUAUUACGUAUUUGGAAUGUGUCUCGAACAACUCCACUUGAUAACUUUAAAUUGAAGAAAACAGGCUUCCAUGGUCUACAUGUUCUUAGUUCUCCUCCAAAGAAAAAAUCGUUUUCUUCACAGUCUCCUAACAAAAAUCACCACAUGUCAUCUACAAGUGAGGCUGUCCCUCCUCCAACUCUAACUCAAAACCAAGCAUUUUCUCUCCCUCCUGGGCAUGCUGUCUGCUGUUUCAUGGAUGGUGGAGUGGGGCUUUAUGACAUGGGAGCCAAGAAGUGGGAUUUUCUUAGAGAUUUGGGACAUGUUGAAACCAUCUUUGAUUGUAAAUUUAAACCUGACAACCCUGACCUACUGGCUACAGCAUCGUUUGAUGGAACAAUAAAAGUAUGGGAUAUAAAUACUUUAACAGCUGUCUAUACCUCCCCUGGUAAUGAAGGAGUCAUAUAUUCCCUUUCAUGGGCUCCAGGAGAUUUGAACUGCAUAGCUGCUGGAACUUCCAGAAAUGGCGGCUUCAUCUGGGAUGUCUCACGGGGCAAAAUGAUAACCCGUUUCAGUGAGCAUGGAAAGAGUGGCAUCUUCUGCAUUGCAUGGAGUCAUAAAGAUUCCAAAAGGAUAGCAACUUGCAGUGGUGAUGGAUUCUGUAUUAUUCGGACCAUUGAUGGCAAAGUUCUCCACAAGUACAAACAUCCAUCUGCAGUUUUUGGCUGUGACUGGAGUCAAAACAAUAAAGAUAUGAUAGCCACUGGAUGUGAAGAUAAAAAUGUUCGUGUCUAUUACCUAGCAACCAGCUCUGAUCAGCCACUGAAAGUCUUCAGUGGGCAUACUGCAAAAGUAUUUCAUGUGAGAUGGUCUCCUUUGAGGGAAGGAAUCCUCUGCAGUGGUUCAGAUGAUGGUACUGUUCGGAUAUGGGAUUAUACUCAAGAUGCUUGUAUAAAUGUUCUUAGUGGACAUGUAGCACCGGUGCGGGGAUUGCUGUGGAAUACAGAAAUACCUUACUUGCUGAUAUCAGGCAGCUGGGAUUAUACAAUCAAAGUAUGGGACACAAGGGAUGGAACUUGUCUGGACACUGUGUAUGAUCAUGGUGCAGAUGUCUAUGGAUUAACUUGUCAUCCUAGUCGUCCCUUCACUAUGGCCUCUUGUUCUCGAGAUUCCACUGUGAGGCUUUGGUCAUUAACACCUCUAAUAAACCCUCUUCAAAUAAAUAUCUUAGCAGACAGACCAUGGGAUGAGAUUAUUGGAAAUACUGAUCGUGCAGUGGAAGUAGGUGCCUCUCCUUUGCUUUGUGGCAAAGUAUCCAGGGAUAUUAAACAAGAAGUAGACAAACUGACUGGUAAUUCUCAGGAGAAAAAACUGAGAUGGUUCUCAGAAUGUUUAGCGCCCCCAGGACGCAGUAAAAAUUUAUGGGACCUAGUUGCUGUUAUAAAAGGCCAAGAUGAUAGCUUACUUCCUCAGAAUUACUACGAAGGAAUUAUGCACAUGAAACAUCUGAUUAGAUUUAAAAUGUCCAAAGCUCAAGAACUUACAACUGUAAAGAUGUCUAAGUUUGGAGGUGGUAUUGGUGCACCUACUAAGGAGGAAAGGCUAAAAGAAGCAGCAGAAAUACAUCUGAGGCUCGGGCAAAUUCAGAGAUACUGUGAACUUAUGGUGGAACUUGGGGAGUGGGACAAAGCACUCUCGGUGGCCCCUGGAGUAUCUAUGAAGUACUGGAAGAAGUUAAUGCAAAGGAGAGCUGACCAGUUAAUUCAGGAAGAAAACAAUGAUGUUAUUCCAUACUGCAUUGCUACUGGUGAUGUGAAGAAACUUGUCAAAUUUUAUACUUCAAGAGGCCAGCUUAAAGAAGCUUUGCUUGUUGCACAGGCAGCAUGUGAAGGAAAUAUGCAAACAUCACAGUCUUCAGCAUCAACUGGAUCAGCACAUUUUGAAGGGAAUAACGUGGAAGAUUUCAAUGAACUCCUGCAUGAAGUCAGUAAAGAACUGGCUGAGUGGUAUUUCCAAGAUGGCUGUGCAGUACAAGCUGCAUGUUGCCAUUUAGCUGUUGAAAAUAUUGAGCUUGCCAUGGCAAACCUGAUUCGUGGAAAUGAACUGGAGUUGGCAGUCAGUAUGGGUACUGUCUUAGGAGAAUGUGCAGCGCAAGCAACACAUUAUGCUCUAGAGUUGCUAGCAAGAAAAUGUAUGACUGUAACAACAUGGCACGCUGCCUACUUUGGGGGAGGGGGAGAGAGGAAAAGCAACCCUGAUUUUGGCUGCCCCCCCCUCCCCAACAAAUCUGCAUCACUUUCUGGAUUUCAUAGGCUACAAACAAAAGUUUGCCUCCUCAGUAGUUUCAGCACCAAAGCAGGAUGGAAUAGCGGGCAAACAGGACCUAACUUAUAGCUACUUCGAAUCAAGAAAGAUUGGCAGAAAGUGGAAAUGCUGUGAACAGAAACCCCUCUUUGGAAAAUCUGCUAAUUUCUGAUUGAAAAAAUGCUCCUUUUGCUUGGAUGAUAUUUUGAAUCACUUUCUCCACUUGCUGCUGCCCUCACUUUUAUGCAACAGUGAAAAGCAGAUGGCAAGUAUCAGAAUGAGAGCCAUUUCCAAGAGGGUGAUAAUCUGUUCUAUUAAAGAAUAGAGGCAGUUUGGUUCAGAUUUGAGGGAUUAAGGCCUGACACUACAGCCCUGUUACACAUUAAGUUGCAGUCCUAGGAACACUUUCUUGAAAGUAAUCCCCACUGAAUAAAAGUAAACGUACUUCUGAGUAGACCUGCUUAAGCUUUUUCCCUAAGACUGUGUACUGUUUAUAAAACAGAUUCAGUGGAAAAAAUCCUUAAAGAGAACAUAUAAUCUGCCCAGGCUAACAUAAGCAAAAAAAAAAGAAAAAGAAAAGAAAAAAAGGUUAUGUACAUGAUAGUUAAUUUCUCAGUUGAGAUUCAGAUAAUGGGGAAACAUUUAGUAUUAAUUUCUCCUGUUCCUAAUUUAAUUGUUUUUUCUAGAUCUAGAUCACUUCAGUAAUCUAGACCACAUCAAAGCUAAUUAUUUUCAUCAUUUUCCUUGUUUUUCUCACCCCAGCAAAAUAUUGUGGGAUGACCAUUAAUACCAAUGUUCUAAAAAGUUGAGGCCGACAGAAUCAAUAUCAGGUGUAACUGUGUGUGUGUGUGUGUGGGGGGGGGUUAACAUACUUUGGGGGGGGGUGUAAUUAUUCAGUAGUAGCAGACCACAGAUCAGCAACAGCAUUUCCAGAGAACUAUUUUGGCUAUAGCUGUUGUGAAUAAGAUAAAUACAUUGGGAUUUUUUACAUUAUGGCAAGGAUUUCAGAUUUAGUGACUAUUCCUCCCUUCCUAAGCCAUGGCAGCAGUUGCAAGAGCUCAUUUUCCCCGUUAACUAUUACUAUGUAUAAUAAAGUUAGAGACUUUGCAUCCAUUUUCUUCUCAACACGGCAGACUGAUCAUGUGUCAAGAAGAGAUACAGAUCUAUAUAGGCCCACAGCUGUUAAGGUCCAUGCAGGAGAAACCCAAGAAAAGCAAAUGAGAUUUCACUGCUCAUUUAAACUGUAUUUGUUCCCCCUGCGCUUAAAAUUGAUGCAAGAGGGACACUUGCAGUCUACUAUAUUUCAUUUAUUGGAUGGCAGUGAGACUGUGCGUCUUCCCUGAACAUGGUGCAUGGUGGUAUGGCUGAGGAGUUCCAUUCUUAUCUGUUUAUCAUCCAUAGCCCCCUUUACCCUUUGCAAAUACUGUGCCUGUGAUACCUGACUUUGUAGGGGUAGAACAAUAUCACGAAUGACUAAAGAACAAAUACUGCUAGAACUUACAAUUUUGUCCUUUUCUUUCUACUAUGUUUUCAGCAUGUUUCCUUAAUUACAAGAUCAAUCUCUUUGUUUUACAGUUCAUAAACUGGAGUUAGAAUUUUUAUAUAGCGUUUAGGCCAUUCUAAUAAAACAAAAGAAAAAACGUUCUUUUUGAUGUUUUUAGUCUCACAGGAUGGGGAUUUUUUAAAAAGGAGUAGUUAGAAUUACCACAAUAUAAUUAGCAUGUUGGAAAACAGAACCAACUUUUGAUGCUUGUUUGUCAAAGCUAAAAAUAGGGUAGCAAUUUGGUAACUUGCGUGUUUUAAAUUUUUGCUUAUUUGUAUCUUGUUUUUUCUUGCUCCUGCUCCCCAUUUGCCUUGUGUUGGUUCAUUUUUUUAAAUUCUGUUUUUUGUUCAUUACCAUUUGAAUAUCUUUUUAAAGCUUUCCAUCACUUGGAUGCAGGUACUUACUUGUCUCUAGAGACAUUCUAAUCAGCCUUCUAGAAAGCAUUGGGUUGGAUCCAGCCAAGUUUUCUACAGCUGAAUAGAGGAGGAGGCUGCCCCCUUUGGCCAUCAUAAGCACUUUACUGGGAGUCCUGGGCCCUGCAUGGGGAAAAGCCAUGUGGGACAGGGGCUGUAGUAAGAAUGGGAAUUAGAUAAGAGUGCUUGAAGAAGGUGGCUGGAUUCAACCCAUGUUCUUUAUAGUUAAAUUAAAAGGUCUUUGUUGGUUUUCCAAUAGAGUAAUAUAUUUUUGCAUGAUUUGUAUAAUAGCCAAGUAGAAUAGGUUUCAAAAGAAACAGACUAAUAUGGCUUUCUGAGUUUUGUGAGCAAAGAGUAAGGACGUGUCCUUAAGGCACUUGUGGGCAUGUGUGUGUAUGGAGAUUAUGCAUAUUUUGAUCCAUUACCUAGAGAGUCAUAUACUUUAGAAGCCAUUCCGUUGCUUGCCAGAUGGCUUAUUAAUUGAUAGGUAUAGCUGUACAGACAUUUCCUUACCCCCAACUGUCCCCCCCAUAAGAACACACAUAAAACCCUCUGAAAGUGAAGACAUUUAUUUAAUCAUUCUUUAAAAAUAAAUCUUUGCUUUUAGCUGUGAAUAAUAAAUCCACUUGUCCAAGAAUUUUUUGUUUCACCAAUUUCACCAAGGCAUGUUCAGAUUGCUACUAUAUGCAUAAAUAUUGUUUAUAUGGCCCUUUGAUAAUACACUCGGAAUCUGGUGUGAACAAUAUUUCUUUGACAUUUGCACUGAAGGGACUUAAGCCUCUUCUCUCAUUUCUGUAUUACAGUGUUUCCCACAUUAUUAUCCUGGAGCUGAUUGCAACACUCAAAACACUUCAUCUUACCUAGUUUUCCAGUUCAUUAAUGAGAUAGGAGAGAAACAAGAAGCAACCAUGCAGCCUUAACCCUGACAUUGCUUUUACAUCUUUAUAUAUUGCUAAUUGACUGUGACCUCUUCCUGUUGUUUCCCACAGGGAUUU